CUUUAAUUUGUAGUGAUCNUUCCUUAGUCUUUUCUAUUGCUUCACUUUAUUUGUAAACAUAUUCAAUGCAGUAAUGACACGAGAAGGUUCAGACCGUCCUGAUAAAGGAAAGGGGGUAGCCAGGUCUAAAAAAAGGCAACGGAAGACCGCAAAGUAUGUACUUAAGGUGCCUGAUACACUACCUACCCCUACUUUUGCAGUACACCCUUCCCCUACUCCUGUAGUACACCCUCCCCCUACUCACACAGUACACCCUCCUCCGCCUAACCCUGCAGUACACCCUCCUCCUCCCACUCCUGCAGUACACCCUCCCCCUACUCAUACUGUACACCCUCCCCCUGAACCUCAUAUUGUACACCCUUCUCCUUCUACCCCUGCAGAAGAGCCUCUUCCUCCCCCUGACCUUACUUUUAUACCUUCCUCGUCUUCUAGACCGCCUUCUGAGCUGCCACACCAUUUACUGAUCCAGAUGAAGAUGGUGAUGGUGAUGAUGUUGACCCGCUCCUCCAUGAUCGACCAUGGAUUGAGCCAUAUGGAAAAGGGUUUAUUCCAUCCAGGGUUGCUUCCCAGGCCAUCACACGAUCAAUACCUACUUGGGGAGAAAUACCUAUAG